AUGCCGAUUCGUACUUUUUUGAAAGAUAACGGCGUGCAAUUCGAUCAAGAAUGGGCAAAAGCGCAUCCCGUCGUGCAAAGUUUGCUAUAUCAAAAGACAGUGACACCGGCUGACUGGCAAGAUUUAUUUCUAUGGGUUUACAAAAUCAACUCGUGGGUUGAAGAAGGAGCGACACAGAUAAGAGAUACACUAACCACAGAUAUUGAUCGAUAUGUAAAAGAGGCCGGUGCAGUGAGUUUUUAUUUUGCGCGAGGGGAAACCAAGUAUUUAGUGAUGACAAAUGUACUUUUGCAGAGAAUUCGCAGCCACAAGACUGAAUCAUUGCUCAAAGUAUACAUCAAAGAAUGGAAACGCUAUUUCAAACAGACUAACAUUCUCCCACUGCCUUUCAAAGUUAUCGACGGGACAACGGUUGCUAUCAAAAGUAGUAGUAGCGCCGCGGGAGGCUCUUCAAAUCCCCCAGAAGCGGCGGAUUCAAUAAAAUCAGUCAUGUUGGAUAAAUGGAACUCGAAGAUUUUCGAAGAGAUGAGCGAGGCGCUUCUAGCCGACGCGCUCAAAUUAAUUGAAGACGAACGCAACGGAUUAUUGAUUGAUGCGCAAAGUGUUGUUGGGAUUCGUGAGAGUUUUGUGGCGUUGAACGAUAAUCCCGAUGAUGUUUUGGGUGUUUAUCGAAAGACUUUUGAGAGGAGUUUUAUCGAGCAGACUGUCGAAUAUUAUAGGAAUCGCAGUGCAGAGGUUAGCAGAAUUUCCUAGUUUUCCUAGAACUUUCUAGUGACUUGAUUUGGCCAAUUUUCUUUUCUUCGCUGAGAAAUGCAAUUUUCCAGUUCACCGGUUUUUAAUCAAAAUUUUUUGGAAAAUAAUUUGGGGAAAUGAAAAAUUAAAAAAAAAUGGGGUUUUCACGUGAAACACGUGGCUUUUGAGCAGAAAAAAGUCAUAAGCCUAAGUCAUUAGCUAAGCUUAAGGUCUUCUUAAAGCAUAAACCUAAGCUUGAGAUCUUACUAAGCCUAACAUUUCUGUCAAGCCUAAGCGUAAGCCUAAGACAUUGGUUAAGCCUAAGCCUAAAGCCUAAGAAAGAUUUUUCUAAAGCUUAGGUUUUUCUUAGGCUUUAAGCUUAGGAUUAACCAAUGGUUUAGGCCUACGCUUAGGCUUGACAGAAAUGUUAGGCUUAACCUCAAGUUUAGGCUUAGCUAAGGACUUAGGCUUAUGCUUGAAGAAGACCUUAGGCUUAGCUAAUGACUUAGGCUUAUGCUCACUAUGAAAUUAGGGCUAGGGUUUAGGCUUAACCAAAAAAGAGUUUUAGGCUUACGCUUAGGCUUGGCAGAAGUGUUAGACUUAGGCUUCAGUAAGAUCUCUCUUAAGGUUAAGUUCAUGCUUUAAGAAGACCUUAGCUAAUAACUUAGGUUCAUGCUUUAAGAAGACCUUAGGCUUAGCUAAUGACUUAGGUUCAUGCUUACCAAAAAAUUAGGACUAGGCUUAGGCUUAGCCAAUGUGUUAGGCCUACGCUUAGGCUUGGCAGAAAUUUUAGGCUUAGACUCAAGUUUAGGCUUAGCUAAUGACUUAGGCUUUGGCUUAUAGGCUUGUACUUCCACCCAAAAUCCCCAAAUUUCUUGCAGUAUCUUGCCGAAGCUGGUGUUCUCAACUACAUGGUCUACGCCGACAAAAAACUCGACGAAGAGCAAAAACGCGCUGAAAAAUAUCUGGAAAUGAGUUCGCCAAGUGCCAGUCGACACAUGGAUAAAUGCGUCAUGGUUUUAGUGGAAUCAUUCGAAGAUCAGAUUUUGGCGGAAUGUUCGACGUUGAUUGUGAAACGAGAUGUCGAGAGACUUCAGCGAUUAUAUCGAUUGAUUCGAAGAACUCGAAAUGGUAUUGAGACGGUUUUGAAGUGUAUUGAUUGUCAUAUAAGAACCGAAGGUUUGAAUGAUAUGCGCAAUAAUGCGGAGAGUAUGGCUACGGUUUGUUGGCGCCACGUGUAUCUAAUUUAAAAAAAUUUUCAAUUUCGUUGCAGGACCCGGAAAAAUAUGUGCAACAACUUCUCGCCAUGUUCGAUCGAUUCAGUUCGUUGGUUCGCGAAGGAUUUUGUGAUGAUGCGCGACUUUUGACAGCUCGUGACAAAGCUUUUCGAGUUGUUGUGAAUGAUAGCUCGAUUUUUAAAGUUGAGAUGAGCUCGAAGAAAGGGUGAGUAGAAAAAUUGAGGAUUUUUUGAGCGAUUUUUAGGUUCUAUUCUUAAAAUUUUCAAAUUUUGCCACGUAAUAACUCAAAUCUUCACUGGAAAUUAGAAGAAAUUCAAAAAAAAUCUGGAAAAUUUGAUUUUUAUGUCACGUCAUAACCCAAAUCUAAUUCAAAAUUUAUUACGAAACUAGAUUUUCCAACAAUCCAAAAAUGUAUUGAAAAAAUAUAAAUUUUGCCACGUCAUAACUCAAUUUCACCUCGUAAAAUCUUCAAAACUUGUCAUAACUCCAUUUUUGCCACGUCAUCAAUUUUUAAUCCACAAAAUACCUGUAAAAUUCAAAUCUCAUCAAAAAUAGGAAAAAAUCCAGUUUUGUGCCACGUCAUAACUCAAAGGUACAUCAGAAAUCUGAAGAAAUUUAAAAAAAACCGGAAAAUUUUGAUUUCCUCAGAUUUCUAGUGUAACUUUGAGUUAUGACGUGGCUGGAUUUUUUCAUAUUUUUGAUAAGAUUUGAAUUUUACGCGUAUUUUGUGGAUUAAAAAUUGAUGACGUGGCAGAAAUGAAGUUAUGACAAGUUUUGAAGAUUUUCAAGGUGAAAUUGAGUUAGAAAAUCAGAAAAUCUUCAAAGUCCUGAUUUUGCCACGUCAUAGCCUAAAUUUAACUCCUAAAUUUUUCAAAAUCUAGAAAAAUUUCCCUAAACCUCCUCAAUUUUGCCACGUCAUAACUCAAUUUUUCUUCUUCCAGCCGUCCCCUUUCCGUCGAAUCAAAAUGUGCUGAACUUUUGGCCAAUUAUUGCGAUUUGCUAUUGAGAAAAACGCAAUUGAGCAAAAAAUUGACGUCAGAAGAAAUUGACGAGAAAUUGAAUCAAGUUGUAAGUUUUGAAUUUCAGCCUUGCUGAAAUUUUCAGCCUGGCUGAAAUUCCACGUGUCCAAAAACCCAAUUUUUUCCAGCUCUUGGUGCUGAAAUACGUGGAGAACAAGGAUGUUUUCAUGCGUUUCCAUAGAGCGCAUUUGUCCAGAAGAUUGAUUUUGGAAAUGAGUGCCGAUCAGGAGAAGGAGGAAAUGAUGGUGGCGAAAUUGAGGGUGAGGAGGGAUUUUGGGGUUUUGGGGGAAAAUUGAGUGAAAAUGACGAAUUUUGAUGCAAAAUUUUUCAAUUUUCGACAAAAAAUAAUGAAAAUUAUGUAUUUUGAAGAUAAAAUAUCGGUUUUUAACCUGAAAAUCAUAAUUUUCAACUAAAAUUCGUCCUUAAAAAAUGUCUAAAAUCCUCAAAAUUCACCAAUUAUCCCAAUUUUCAACCAAAAAUUGAUUCCAGGAAUGUGGAAUGCCUUCAGAUGCUGUUAACAAACUCUCAAGAAUGCUCCAAGAUAUCGAAGUUAACAAGGAUCUGAAUUCAAAUUUCAAAAAAGCAUUGGUCGGAACGAAUAACAAUAAAUGCGCAUCGGAUGCGAUUAAUAUUAAAGGUGAGUGUUUUUUUUUGUUUUGGCUGAAAAUUUGUCUGAAAACACCCAUUUUCUUCCAGUUUUGAAUGGUGGCGCUUGGGGACGUGGUGGAUCGGAGAAAAUCAGAUUUUCACUUCCAAGAGAACUCGAAGAUUUUGUGCCCGAAAUGGAGGCGUUUUACAAGAAGCAGCAUAAUGGCAGAAAACUUUGUUGGAUGCAUCAUUGGAGCAGUGGAACUGUGAGUUUUUUGUGGGAAAAUUUAUUCACUGUUUCAAAAGUUUGAAAAAUAAAUGAUGAAAAUUAACCAAAAUUGAUAUUUAUAAAGCAAGAAAAAUUCACUGUUUCAAACAUUAUUCACAAAAAAUUGAGAAAAUUGGAUUUUUGGUUUAUGGUUCGUUAAAAAACAAUUUUAAAAUUUUAAUUGCAAAAAUUUAUUUAAAAAAUAAUUUACUGUUUCAAAAUUUCGUCUUGAAAAAUUGUGAAAAUUAAAAUUUUGAUUGGUUGGUGAUCAAGUAUUAGUUGUUUUUUCCAAAAAAAAAAUUCACUGUUUCAACACUUAUUCAUAAAAAUUGUGAAAAUUGUUCUGUUGUUGGACAAAUCUUUUUCAUAAAAGAAUUGAGUAAAAUGAAAUUUUGCUUUAUUGUUUUAUUGCUUUAUUGUGUUGCUUUAUUGUGUUGAAUUCAAUAGAUUUAAAAUUUGAAUUGCAAAAAUUUAUUUGAAAAAAUAUCACUGUUUCAAAAUUUAGCCUUGAAAAAUUGUGAAAAUUGGAAUUUUGAUCUAUUGACGAAUUCUUCUAUUAUUUGAAAAAUUUACUGUUUCAUAAAUUUUAGUAUCGAAAUAUUCAGGAAAUUGAAAUUUCAGCGAUCGAAUCAUUUUGGAAAAAAUUGCAAAUUCAAAUUUUGAUACGUUUCAAAAAUCCUCGAAAUAGUUCAGAAAUUUAGAAAUUUGAUUUUCCUUUUGUGAAAAUGAACUCUUGUUUUUUAUACGUUUCAAAACUCUAGUAAAUAAUCCAGAAAUUUAACUGUUUCAAUAAUCUUCCUAUUUUCAGAUGGUUUUUGGAACUUCAAACGGCGGAAGAUUCGAUUUGGAUGUGACAACUUUCCAAAUGGCUGUGCUCUUUUGUUUCAACGAAAGAGCCCACGAGAAAAUCUCCCUGGAAACUUUGAGAUUGGCCACGGAAUUACCGGAUGCCGAGUUGAAUCGCACACUUUUGGUGGGUUUUUUAAAUACCAAUUUUUCUCUAAACCUCUUCAUUUUUUCCAGUCUCUCGUCGCAUAUCCAAAAAUGAAAUCACAAAUUCUCCUCUGUGAUCUACCAAUAAUUUCACCACGUGAUUUCACCGAUUCCACCGUAUUCUACAUCAAUCACGACUUUCAUUUGAUCAAAAACGGCAAAAUUCAACUUCGCGGAAAAGUGAAUCUGAUUGGAAGAUUGCAAUUGUCAUUGGAAGCGAAUGCUGAGAAAGAGCAUGAGGGAAUUGUUGCGUUGAGAGAGUUUAGAGUUCAAGAGGGAAUUGUUAAGGUUAGUGAGGUUUUGGGAGGUUUUUCUAGAGAAGGGGAGAAAAUUUGGGACUUUUUGAAUAUUUUUGGUAAAACAGUGAAAUUUAAUCUCAAAAAAAUGUUAUAUUUAUUUUUUGAAACAGUGAAAAUUUGUGACACAAAACAUGUCCGGAAACCAAGCAUUUUUAAAAAUGCAUAAUUUUCAUGAUUUUUGUUUGAAACAGUGAAAAAACAUGGUGUUUUCCAUUAACAAAUAAAUUCAGAAUUUUGAAUAUUUUUAUUUUUUGAAACAGUGAAAAAUAUGAAUUUUUCCAAGAAAAAUACAAGAACAUAAUAUUUCAAAAAAUUACGGGAAUUCUAUAUUUAUUUUUUGAAACAGUGAAUAUUUUUCACAUAGAAAUUUUUUGAUUUUGAAAAAUUAAACAGUUCUUCAAGCAUUUUAGAAAAUGCAUAAUUUUUAUGAUUUUUGUUUGAAACAGUGAAAAAAAUAUGAAUUUUUACCCAAUAAAAAGAACAACAUAAUAUUUCAAAAAAUUACCGAAAUUCGGUAUGUAUUUUUUGAAACAGUGAAUAUUUUUCACAUAGAAAUUUUUUGAUUUUGAAAAAUAGGUCAUUUUUGAAGCCUUUUCAAAAACGCAUAAUUUUUAUAAAUUUUUUUUGAAACAGUGAAAAUUAUCAUUUUCAAAUAUUUUUUUCUGAAUUUCAAGAAAAUACGAAACAAAAUCAUUUUGAAAAUUCAUGAAAAAGUUAUGUCGAAUUUUUGAAACAGUGAGAAAAUCUGAAACUUUUGAAUGUUUUCAAUGAGAAGUUCAACAUUUUCUAGUCCCAAGAGAACAUUCAAAAUCAUCUUUUAAAAUUAAAAAAAAAUAUAACAUUUUUUUGAAACAGUAAAAUAUUUUGAAAACAAUUUUACUGAAAUUUUCACUGUUUUGUUUUCAGAAUGGAUCAAUUGAAAAAUUAAGAAAACUUAUUAUUUUUUUGAAACAGUGAAAAAAAUUAAUUUUUCCCUAGAAAAAAUACAACUACAUAAUAUUUCAAAAAAUUACCGAAAUUCUAUAUUUAUUUUUUGAAACAGUGAAUAUUUUUCACAUAGAAAUUUUUUUGAUGAAAAAUAAGACAGUUCUUCAAGCAUUUUUGAAAAUGCAUAAUUUUUAUGAUUUUUGUUUGAAACAGUGAAAAAUAUCAUUUUCACAUAUUUUUUUGAAUUUUAAGAACAUAUUGUCAUUCCGAAAAUAAAAGAACCCCCGUUUGAAUUGGCGCUCACGUACAGUAGACUAAAAAUGACGUGACACAUGCAUAUCAAACUGGUUGGCAAACAUCCAGCGUGUAAAUUUCGCAUUUUAUUUUUCAAAUAGACUCCUAAAUUUUGCGAAGUCUACUGUAGUCUUGGUUUCCUAGGCCAUUUCGGUUCUCUUCCAAGGUUCUUAUUUUUUCGGAAGGACAAUAUGAACGAAAUAAAAUCAUUUUGAAAAUUUAUGAAAAAGUUAUGUUGAAUUUCUGAAACAGUGAAAAAUUUUGAAAUUUUCAAUGAAAAUUUCAACUUUUCUAGCUCCAAGAGAACAUUCAAAAUCAUCUUUUAAAAUUAAAAAAAUAUAUAUAACAUUUUUUUGAAACAGUAAAAUAUUUUGAAAACAAUUUUACUGAAUUUUUCACUGUUUUGUUUUCCGAAUGGAUCAAUUGAAAAAUUAAGAAAACUUAUUAUUUUUUUGAAACAGUGAAAAAAAUCCAUAAUUUUUUUUCAGAUCAUGAAAAUGCGCAAAACCAUCACAUUGGCUCAAUUAACCAUGGAGCUCGUCGAAAUUUUGAAGCCACUUUUUGUGCCAAAUCGAAAAAUCAUCAAAGAGCAAAUCGAUUGGCUUAUUGAAAAUCGGUGAGUUUUUUGGCGCCAAAUUUUACCCUACAGUAACCCAAAUUUUUAAAGGUACAUGGAACGUCGCUCCGAUGAUAUUCAAACAUUUGUCUACCUCGCCUAA